AUGACCCGCGUCGCUAAGCCGCAGCCGAUAUCCGACGGAUGUACCGAUUCGAAACCCUGCUGGGGUCAUGCGGCCCUAGUACAAAUGGUGAAUUCUGCCCUAUCGUGCGAACGGUGGCCAGUACGAAUGGUAGCGCGUGACGUGUCGCGGCUGUUUCAGCGAUAUCUCGUAGCGAGGAGUAGAGCUAAAUAUUCGGGGAGCGUGUGCAGGCGGCUUUAUCUCGGGGAGCAGGCGCGCUUACGAUCCGCGUUAUCAGGCCUAAUCACUGACGGUGACCGCUCACGCGUAAAUUAUCGGAGGCGACCAGCGGCACUUGCGCCGCGACGCCCCACCGGCGACGUGAGUUUCAACCCGCGCUGUGGGAGGGCCGGGGCUCCGGAAAACUGGCCGCUAGCGUCCUCCACAAAUGCCCGCUUAGCACAACGGCCGCGCCGAGCAAACAUAAUGCCGUCGCCGCCUUCUGCCCUGACCCCAAGGAUGGCGUGUGAUGUCUACAGACAAAUUGAUUCCACGAUGUCUAUACAAUGGCUCGUUUUCGCGCGGCCGCACGCCAAAGGCGACAACGCGGACGCCGUGCAUAAUUUACUCGCGUCCGAUAGAUCGCGAUUGUUAUUACCCGUCGGGAUAUUGGAUCCGGCGUCGCGGCCAGAUGAUGCCCAACGACGUCCCAUCCUCGAUCGCCGGCAUUCCGCGAAGAAGGAACGCCGCUCACUGCUCGUUGGGCAAAAGCCCGCUGAAAUGAUCCAAGCCGAGGCGAGGCGGCGAUGUCGCUCCCCGCGCGAGGGCCGCGCUCACAAAGAGCGGCGAGGGUUGCCGCCGCUCGGCGCUCUAAUUCCCGCCGCGCCGCAGGGCUGUCGCACCGAAUCCCGGCGGAUUAUUAAU